CUUUCAUUUUCAUUUUUCACUUUCACGCUCCCUUAUUUCUCUCUUUCCAUUUCCUUGUUUCUCACGCCGGCGGUGAUUCGCCGGAUAACUGAAAAUUUUCGCCGGAACUAAUGGAGGUUCCCGCAGUUGAUCUUUCGAGGAAUUUCCCAAAUGACGUCUCCAUGCCGUCGCGUAUUUCGGGAAGUUUAACCGUAUAUGGAAAUCACAAGCAAAAGCAACUUUGCUUAGCAGAGUUUUGAAGUUAUUCCCUGUUUUGUCUCCCAAAAUCUGAGGCAAAUUUCUAUAUAAUAAUCAGAGAUAAAAACUAGUACUCUACCUAAUUGAGAUUUGAUUUUUUUUUUU